CCCUCCAGUGCGCAUCGCGUGGGUUCGUAGAGCCAGGGACCCCAGAGAGGCAAGCCCUUCGUUUUAUAGAUGGGAAAACUGAGGCCCAGGGAGGUGAUGUGACGCCCGAGAUCGCAGGCAAAAGCCAGGGUCACUGUGCUUUGCACUGCCCCCUGCGGCCCUAAGCACUCGAUCCUGACCUUGCUGGGACGGGUAACCUUGGCUCCUGGUGUAGGGUUUCUUGGGAAAUGAGUUAAACGUGAAAUGGAGUAGAAGGCUCAAGGCUUCAGGCUCGCCAUUAAAACAACAACCAAACAUUUUCCGCCUUCACUUCCUUCCUCUCUCCAAGUGCAUGAAAAUCCAGGACAGACGGCCGUCCACCAAGGACUUUGUGGAGGGGAAGAAGGUGAUGCUGAUGGGCCCGUUGCCAGGCGCCGAGUUAGUCCAGACGCCGCUGCAGCUGUACCGUUACUUGCUGCGCUGCUGUCGCCAGCUGCCUGCCAAGAACAUCCAGGAGCACUAUAAGCACACCAUCAGACAGAGUUUCCGAGUCCAUGCCGAUGAAGACAACCCCGAGAGAAUCCAACAGAUUAUUAGAAGAGCCAUUGAAGAUGCUGAUUGGGUCAUGAAGAAGUAUCAGAAGCAAAACUGAGAAGCCGCCAAAGCCUUCGGAGCCCAGAGAGCAAAACCCAUUUGCUGUCAAUGGAGGCUCUGAGAUGCCAGCGCCCUUGGGAUGAAUUAUCGGCGACCCCUUUGAGUACAGAUAUGCCCGGCUGACUCGGAGCGCCUUGGCAGAGGGGAGAAUCUGGAGGGUCGGAUGUUUCCAAAGCCACGCGCACGCAUUCAGCGGCAUCCUUCUCGCCUGGCGUUGGGUUUGGGCCACAUCUGGCCAUCGGGCGGCCGGUUCGGGGAGGGAGUUUUCAACUUCAUUGCUCAGUUUGGUUGCCUGUAUUUGUUCAUUGUUUACUCAUUUACUCCUCAAGCAAUUAUCAACAGUCUAGUCAGAGACCAAGAAACGAGUAUUUAUUGAACCUCUCUUGGUGCCUAGCACCAUGCUGGGGGAGAGAAGAAGAGAAUUAGAAAUCUCUUGCCUUUCUUUCCAUCCCUAGUGCUUAGCACAGUGCCCAGCAUGAAGUAGACCCUUAAUAAAUGCUUAUUGACUGACUGAUGUCAGAGUUAGCGCUCUUUCCAUCCUAACGUUUUGCGUGUGUGCGUGUCUCCUCAAAGAACCUAGCUCUUCUACCUCACGCCCUCUUGCCCGCAAGGAAGGAAAUCGAAGGAAGGAAGGAGACAAGUUGCCAAGAGCAGCAGGAGCUGAGUGAAAGAAGGAAAGAAAUGAAGGAAGGCAGGAAGGAAGGAUUUAGAAACAGCGGGAGUGCACCAGUCACUUCUGUCUUGGGUAUCACCUCUAGAUGGAAUUGGCUUUUCCAGACUCCUUUCUCAAAUGAGGUUCUCAGCUGAACCUGCCAGUCCGAUGAGGGAAGCGGGGCAGGUCUCUGCACUUAACAGAGGAGAAAAAUGGGACUUUGGUUGAGCGAUUUGUCUGGGGCGUUUUUGAAUGAUUCUUCUCUUAGUAAAUUUUUUUUCUUUAUUUAUUCAUACGCUCAUUCAUCCAUGCAAUGUGACUUUAUUAAGUAGAGUACAAGGAAAGUUGUACAUGAGUUAUGUUGGAUGUUAAGACAGAGUUAGUCCGCCUUGUUUACCUGCAGGAAAACACUUACUGCUGAUCAGUGAACAGGGAAUUGGAACUUUGGGUGGGGUCCUUAACCUUUUUUGUUUCCAGGACCCCUUUGUGAAGCCUCUGAAUGCUUUUCAGAAAAAUGUUUUUAAAUGUGUAAAAUAAAAUACACAGGAUUAUAGUUAUCAAAAUAUUUUUUAAAAAUCAAGUUCAUAGACCUCCCAAAUUAAGAGCUCCUGACUUAGGAGACUGUUGUAAAAUUAGAGACACUAGUGUGCUGGUUUUUUUUUUUUUAUUUGGUGGGGGAGCAGUGUGCUGUAGAUUUUUAAUUUCAUUUAAUUUCAUUUUUUAUUUCAUUUUAUAUUUCAUCAGUGUGGGAGCUUCCCUGCAUGGAAACUCUUUUCCCCAAUGCACAUGAACAAUACCUCUGUAACUUAAAUCUGUAUUUUUAAGGAGUUCUUCUCCUCAGUGAAUUUUUGUGCCUCCUUUUCCAUUUGGCCAAUUCUCCUUU